GGACCCUUCUUGGCAGUGCAGUCAACAUCAUUCACACCAACAAUGGCUUCUUCGAUCACAUUCUCCUGCCUCUUCCUCUCUCUCCUCUCUCUCUCCACCGCUUUAUCAUCUCUAGAUCUCCUGUCCUCCGGUGACGUCCACGAUCUCCUCCCUCGCUACGGAUUCCCCAAAGGUCUUCUUCCGGAUAACGUCAAAUCGUACACUCUCUCCGACGGCGGAGACUUCACCGUCGACUUAAACACUCCCUGCUACGUCGACUUCCCCGGUCAAACCGUGUUCUACGACAAGAAGAUCGCCGGGAAGCUCAGCUUCGGAUCUGUGAAAGACGUGGAAGGAAUCAAAGCUAAAGAAUUGUUCAUCUGGGCAUCGAUCACCGCCAUGAAAUCGGAUCCAAGCUCUGGAGAUAUUGUCUUCUCCGUCGGAUUCGUAUCCAAGUCUUUGCCGGCGUCUAUGUUCAAUAAUGUUCCCUCUUGCUCCAAAAAACUUAGUCUUGAAUCUUAAAUGAAUCAACCUGAAGCUGUAAAAAUCCUCCUUUUUAUGUUGAUUAUGUAAUUCAUGAGAAAAGAUGUUAUGUUUCGAAUUUGAUCCUCCUAAGACUUGAGAUUUACAAAUCAAAGAAAACAAAAUGUCAAUAAUGAAUGAUUGGUAAAACCA